CUGUUGUUAUCGAUUAUCAGCUAGCCUAUAGGUGAUGAUAUCCAAGGAUAAAGUCCGAGGCGCAUCGCACGUUUUGGACUGUUAAAUGUAUUAUUUGCAACAAAUGAAGAUAGCAUAUAAUUAAAAUUUGAGACAAAGUGCAUCUAAAUAUCAGACGGAAUGCAGUUUAUACUGUUUGCUGCAAUAGUGCUGUUUGCACGCGACCUCGCCGCAGCCAAGCCGAAGAUGAAAUGCCCAUCCAGAUGUGAUGUGAGUAAAUGUCCGAGCCCAAGCUGCCCGAGCGGGUACGUGCCCGAUGAUUGCAACUGUUGCCUUGUGUGCAGUCUGAGUGAGGGCGCACUGUGCGGUCGUAAGGAUGACCCUCCGUGCGGCGAUGGCCUCGAAUGUAAAUAUCCAGCUGGCAAGCGUCUUACCAAGGGUACCUGCCAGUGUAAGACAGCAUAUAGAGUGUGCGGCAGCGAUGGGAAGACCUACAGUAAUGUAUGUAAAAUGAGAAAAGCCGCGCGUAAAGCGCAACAGAAGGAACUCUCCAUAAUAACCCUAAGGCACAAGGGUUCAUGUACAUCAUCCCGUUCAGGCCCUGCACAUCUGAAAAGCCCACGGUACAAGUAUAAUUUCAUAGCAGAUGUGGUGGAGAAGAUUGCACCUGCCGUGGUCCAUAUUGACCUUUCCCUCAAUCAUCCGCUGUUUGGACGUAAUGUCCCGUUGUCAAGCGGUUCUGGAUUCAUAAUGACGCAGUCUGGCCUGAUUGUGACCAAUGCUCACGUGGUAACCAGCAGAGCAACAGUAACAGGCCGCCAGCAACUCCAAGUGCAGUUACACGAUGGCCAAACAUAUGAUGCCUACAUCCGAGACAUCGACAAAAAGUCUGACAUUGCAACCAUCAAAAUUAACCCAAAGAGAAAAUUGCCAGUAUUAUUGCUGGGUCGCUCUGCUGACCUGAGACCCGGUGAGUUUGUGGUUGCCAUCGGCAGUCCUUUUGCUCUCCAGAACACAGUCACGACAGGCAUCAUCAGCACAACACAAAGAGACGGAAAAGAGCUGGGCAUCCAUGACUCUGACAUGGACUACAUUCAGACUGACACCAUCAUCAAUUAUGGAAAUUCAGGAGGCCCACUUGUAAAUCUAGAUGGUGAGGUGAUCGGCAUAAACACACUAAAAGUGACCGCAGGGAUCUCUUUUGCCAUUCCAUCAGACCGAAUCAAUCAAUUUCUUAAUGAAUCUAAUGAGAAACAGCAGAAAGACUUACCAAGUUCCAAAAAAAGAUUCAUUGGAAUCAAAAUGAUCACUUUAACAGAGAACCUAGUCCAUGGGUUAAAAUGGCACAAUCCUGACUUUCCAGAUGUUGCCACUGGAAUUCUUGUUCACGAAGUUGUCCCAGAUUCCCCAGCUCAAAAAGGUGGGUUGGAAACAGGUGACAUUAUAGUGAAGUUAAAUGGGCACCCAUUGGUCAACACAAGUGAAUUACUGGAAGCAAUUCAAGGAGACACGCCCCUCCUUCUGGAAGUUCGGCGUGGAAAUGAUGAUCUACUAUUCAACAUUGAACCUCAAAUGUUUAUGCAGUGACAGAAAUGGGAAAUCAUAGUUGGCUGAUGAAGAGAAUAUCAUGAGAAGAAAGAUCUGAAGUCUACAGAUGUGAGAAGAUUGAUAGUGCUAGAAUUUUUACAGCUGGACCCCUGAGCUGUUUUGUCAUUUAGUUUGUCUGGAUAUUAUUAAUAUAAUGCUACUUUAUAGUAAUUGCUGUAGCAUUGUCCUCCUAUCACGCCUGAAAAGAAAUGAGAUAAGAAAAUUACUUAAGGAAAAUAGUUUUCUUGAUAAAAAAGAUUAGCAGAUGAGAGCUUUAUAUCAGUCUGGAAAAAUGUUAAACUACUGAAUAUUUAGGGCACAUUAAAUAUAAUAUUUUAUAAAUUAGGAUAUUUGAUAUAUGCUUACAAGUAAUGCGCAAAUGUUUU